AAACAGCUCAGAGUAUCCACACAGACAGUUAGGAUUUUUAGUUCUUUCUGUGGAUGUUGGGUCCUCAGAGUCUUCAGAGUUGUGGAGGUUCAGGUUCAGACCCAGUGUUUUUGUUGCAGCAGAACCUCACCGUGUGGUUUUGGUCCGGUGCCAGUGAGGCUGAUGGAGCAGACACGACCUGCUGCAACACACACCACACUAAGAGCACUUCAGCAGUCGUCUGCUGGUGCAGGGUAGUAAUUUCCCUGUCCUGCCAGUCUGUGUGUGUGUGUGUGUGUGUGUGUGUGUAAGGGUGUUACUUUUCAGCAGUAGAGUCUGUGAUAUCUACUUAAAACGUAGGAGGACGAAGUUGAGGAGGAGGAGGAGUAAAAGUCAGGUUAUAAAUGCCCUGCAGUUUGAUUAGCUCCUGUGUUGCUUCUUUAAAUGUAGAUAAGAAAAUAUCAUCCCACACUCUCUGAGCUCUUUAACAAGUUUACUGUGUUAUAAGAACGAGCUGCAGACGGACUAAUAUGACUGUGUGUGUAGAGAGGACGAGGCUGUGGAACAAUGUUGUUUUCCUGGUGGUAUGGUCCAAGUGAAAUUACAAUUUGACUCAUGGUUCCCGUCAAAAUGUGUCUGAAUCUGAGAUCAGGUCAUAAAUCCUGGGUCUGAGAUGCUGACUCGGUGGUGGAUGGUUUCCGGGGGUCUCUAGGUCACUGCUGUCGCUGCACCAUGGAAAGAGAGGGCUCUUUACGGAGGAAUUUGAGGAGUCUCCAUAGCCGCCUGAAGUUGGGCAACAGUUCCACCUCCAGUCUGACCGACCUCUCACAGUCCAAAACCUCAGCAGGAGGAGGAGCUGAGAGAGGAGCAUCGACUGGAGGGUUGACGGAAGAAUGCAGCAAGGACAAAGGGACCCAACAGAGGAGGGCUGGGGCCAACGCCACCUGGAACAGCAUCCACAAUGCAGUGAUCUCUGUUUUCCAGAGGAAGGACCUGGGAGAAAACGAACUCUACACAUUAAAUGAAGGUGUCAGGCAGCUGCUAAAGACGGAGCUGGGCUCUUUCUUCACUGAGUAUCUACAGAACCAGCUGCUGACCAAAGGCAUGGUCAUUCUAAGAGAUAAGAUCCGCUUCUAUGAAGGUCAGAAGUUAUUGGACUCGCUGGCCGAUACUUGGGAUUUUUUCUUCUGUGAUGUUCUAUCUAUGCUACAGGCCAUCUUCUAUCCUGUGCAGGGAAAAGAGCCUUCAGUGCGCCAACUCGCUCUGCUCCACUUCAGGAACAUUAUCACCUUAAAUCUAAAACUGGACGAAGCUCUGUCUCGACCCAGAGCCAGAGUUCCUCCAUCUAUAAUACAGAUGCUGCUAAUACUACAGGGUGUCCACGAAUCUAAAGGUAUAACAGACGAUUACAUUCGUCUGGAAUCUCUCGUCCGGAAAGUGGUCUCGCCUUAUCUCGGGACUAAUGGAUUAUAUUCAGAUGGAUCCUCUAAUCCACACUGCUCCACCUGCCUUUUAGAAAAGCGUUUGCAGCGCUCCUGGUCCUCUGGCCCAGGGAACUCCCCGGCUGCUAAAAACCCAGUGGUUCGUUCUAAGAGCUACAACGUCCCCAUGCUGACACCUGUGGUUGAGUACGACACAGAUUCCCCAACAGGAGUGGGAACAGGUAUCAGACGACACUCCUUCUCAGAGAUUACUUCCUGUGUGGAGGAAAGCAGCUCUGUAGCUGAAUCAACCACCAAUGCUGGCAGUAACAGCGGAAAAUCCUGCCUCGCAAACCACUCCACAGCUUCUGUAGAACAUGUGGCAGAUUCAGACAUAGUGACCUCCAGCCAUGUUCCUCAGAUCAACCACAAUCUCCUCCUUAAGCAGCUGCAUCCCUCCUUGGUCAUCCUCCCAGAUUUUUGCCCUCACAAAGACACACACAGCACCGGAUCACUGGUGUCGGACUCACCUUUGUCCUCCAGAGUCCUGGCUCCAGACACUAGCUCUGGUCCUAGUCCGUCCUCCAGUCCUGAGAUGGUGGUGGACCAUAUUCAGGAGUCUCUGGACUCAGAGACAGAGCCAGAUGGCAUUUUUCUGAACUUCAGUGCUGGGGGGUCAACACACAGCAGGGACAGUGGCAGACAGAGUGUGGCCUGACACACACACACACACACACACACACACACACACACACCAGCAAACUCAUCAAAGAUGAUACUGAGCCAUUGUUGACAUUCCUCACAACGUGUUUUUCUAAAAAAGAAAAUUACAGAAAACAAUCAUUACAUGUACUGUUUGUAACAGAUUCAUAAUAAAUUAUUUUUCUAGACAUCUAUUGCUCAAAAGCAGUAUUUUUUUUAUUAUGACACUUUAACUGGUGUUCUACAGAAACAUCCAGAAACACUCCAAAUAUGCAUAAUGAAAGAGCAGAAAAAGAAAAUUAACUUAAUCCAAAUUGUCUAUUUUCUGAGAACGCUUUAAGUGAAUAUAGAGUUAACUAACUGAAUGUUUUGUGCCAUUGAAAUUGAUCUAUUUGUUUCCACUUAUUGUCAGUGAAACUUCUUUUGCAUCAACGUUGUUAAACAUACUGUAUGUGAUGUAUGAAUUUGUCAAAGAAACACUAUUUAUGUGGUAUUAUUUUUGGGCCAUACGUUAUUUUCUACGUGAAAAUUUUGUCGAAUAAAUAGGAUUUAUGGUGACAAAAGAAUUUAAGAAAAUAAAAUCAAUAAACUUAAUAUUUAUAUUUA